CUUUCUGUCUGUUAUUGUUUAUCCCUGCAUCAGUACUGUAUUUUACUCUAUUAUUUCUCAAUCUAUCUCAAUCAGUCUGCUGCAUAUAUCAGAUAAGAUGUAGGUGUGUUUGAUGACAAACCCCAGAGCUUCUCUCCUGUCUCCUGAAAAACCAGUUUCACAGGUUUUUCCGGGGAUGAGUUUCAGAGCUUUUUCUCAAGAUCCCAGUACACAGGUGGAACGAGAAGCCUUCAAACGUUCUCAUUUACCACGUUUUUCUGCAGUGAAGGGUGAUGGCGUCUGUUUCAGAGCAGCUUCUGGCCGCUCUGGAUGAUCUAGAUGCAGAUAAACUGAAGAGGUUUAAAUGGCACUUUAAGAAUUAUAAGGGCUUUUCAGUUACUUAUCUGGAGAAGGCAGACGCUCAUGACACAGUGGAUCUGAUGAUGGAGCGUUUCGGACCAGAAGAAGCUGUGAAAUUCACGGUGGACAUCCUGAGGAAGAUGAACCACAACCAUGUGGCCGAAGAGUUAGAGGAAAAACACAAGCAAGCUCAGGCUGAGAGCAGUAUUAAGGAUCCUGCCCCUGCUGGAGCCGAAUCAGAACUGAUUGGGGACAAGAAAACCAUACAAGAUUGGGACGACAUGAGGCUGGAUUUGAAGAUAACACAGAGGAUGUUCCGGCAGAGAAUCCAGCAGAGACUGAAAGAUCUUCAGCAGCUGGAAAAGGCUUUGGCAUCUUAUAAGCGCUCUGCAGAGACAGCAGUGGGGGACAGUGAGAAGAUGUUUAAUGAGCUCAUGCACACCAUUGAGAGAAGCCGCUAUGAAGUGACACAGCGAUUCAGAGAUCAGGAAGAGACUGCAGUGAGUCAAGCUCAAGAAGGACUGGAGCAACUGGAGCAGGAGAUCAAUGAUCUGAGGAGGAGAGACGCUGAGCUGGAGCAGCUUUCAUGCACACGGGAUCACAUCCAGUUCCUGAAGAAUUUCCAGUCUCUCUCAGCACUUCCAGAAUCAACAAAAGUACCCAACAUUCCCUUCAGUUCUUUCUUCUCUUUUGAUGGCAUGAAAGAAACUGUCCGUCAGCUGACAGACAAACUGAAUGAUUUCUGCAAAGAGGAGAUCAUGAACAUCUCUAACAGAGUCACAUUCAACAUCAUUGCUUCUAAGACCAGGAAUGACCUCCUACAAUAUCACCAUCAGCUCACUCUGGAUCCAAACACAGCACAUAAUUGCGUCCAACUUUCUGAGAGAAACAGAGUGACGGCUAACACUGGCACAACUGAGCCGUAUCCGGAUCAUCCAGAGAGAUUUGGUCAGAAUAAUCAAGUUUUGUGUCGAGAGAGUGUGUCUGAACGAUGUUUCUGGGAGCUGGAGUGGAGUGGAGAUACUGUGUAUAUAGCUGUGUCAUAUAAGAGCAUCAGCAGGAAAGGAGGUGAUGAGUGUUGGUUUGGACAUAAUAAUAAGUCAUGGACUUUGUACUGCACGUCCACGCAAAAUUACUUUAUACACAAUAGCAAAUUUACGCUUCUCCCUGAAGAGUCCAUAAUCAGUCCUAGAAUAGGAGUGUUUGUGGAUCACAGUGCAGGAACUCUGUCCUUCUACAGCGUCUCCAGAAACACAAUGAGUCUCAUCCACACAGUCCAGACCACAUUCACUCAGCCACUCUAUCCUGGGUUUGCUGUUGAACAUGGAUCAUCAGUGAAACUGUGUUGA